AUGUGGAGCCCAAAGCCCCUCCUCGUCAUCUCGCUCAGCAUCUCGGUCUUGUCACCAUGCACGGCGGCCACCGGCGGCAAGCCCCUGGUCUCGGCCGUCACCAAGGACGCGGCCACCUCCCUCUACACGGCUCCCCUUAAGGACGGCCGCCCGCUCGUGCUCGACCUCUCCGGCCUGGUCAUCUCGCUGACGACGUGCGCCUCCAGGUACGGGACGGUCACGACGCUCUCCGCGAACGCCACGAACGGCGCGAACCCGCUGUUCCCGGUCUCCUUCUCCGCCGUGGCCUCCUGCGCGCCGCGGCAGCCGAACCUGCCGGCGGGCGCCGUCGGCGUCGCGGGGCUCGCGCCCUCGACCCAGUCGUUCCUCGCGCAAGUCGCGCGCACGCAGAGCGUCGCCAACAAGCUGGCGCUCUGCCUCCCGAGCGACGGCAAGACGACCAGCGGCAACAGCGUCGGCGUGAUUAUCUACGGCGGGGGUCCCUUGAUCUUCCCGGACCGGGGCGACUUCACGACGAUGCUGGCCGGCACGGCUCCGCUCCACGGGUACAAGGGAUCCCCCGGGUACUUCGUCUCCGCCACCGACAUCGCCGUGGAGCGAAACCAAGUCGGCAAGCCAGGGCCGCUCGUCGUCGGGCUGAGCUCGACGACCCCGUACACAGCGCUCCGCCCCGACGUGUACGCCCCGUUCCUGAAAGCGUUCGACCAGGCCGCGUCCGGGCCCAACUUCCCGUGGAUGACGAGGGUCCCCUCCGUCGCGCCGUUCGAGCUGUGCUACGACGCGAAGAAGCUGCCGCCGACGAGGCUCGGCGUCGCCGUGCCGCAGAUAGACCUGACCCUCGAGGGCGGGAGCAACUUCACGGUGUUCGGUGGCAACUCCAUGGUCCUGGUGAACGCCAACACAGCCUGCCUCGGGUUCGUCAAGGCGGCCGGCCAGGCGCCGGAGGUGGUGCUCGGUGGGUUCCAGAUGGAGAACCGCCUGCUGGUGCUCGACGCGGAGAACGGGCAGCUCGGCUUCACCUUGUUCCUCAACGCGGUUGGGCUUUCCUGCAGCAACUUCAAUUUCACUCUUGCCGCCUAG